CAGAGUAUUUCUGACGUAACUUCCGGCCUGUGCUAGAAAGUUCCUGUACUCAGGGCACAUUGAGAGUGUUGCUGUUCUACUGUCAUUUACCUGGUAAACAGAGGAUCAAAACCAAAGAUGCCGAGAGGAAACCGGAGCAGAAUGUCAAGAUCUCCUUCCCCAAUGAGCCGUGCGCCUUCCAGACCAAUGGCUCCUGCUGCCUCUGCUUCAUCGGUUCCUGCACACCCACCUCCAUCAGCAGUCGCUCCCCCUUCCACAGCUCCUCGCCAGCCUGGCAUGUUUGCUCAGAUGGCAACUACUGCUGCUGGAGUUGCCGUGGGCUCUGCCGUAGGACACACUAUUGGUCAUGCGAUGACAGGUGGCUUUGGCGGAGGAGGAAAUGCUGAACCAGCAAGGGCAGACAUCACUUACCAGGAGCCUGUUGCUGCAGCGCCACCCAUGUAUCAGCAGCAGAGCCAGCGUAGUCCAUGUGAAUAUGAGCUGCGUCAGUUUAUCGAGUGUGCGCAAAACCAGAAUGACCUGCGGCUCUGUGAAGGCUUCAGUGAGGUGCUCAAACAAUGCAAGUUUGCCAACGGAAUGUCAUAAAAUAAUUUGAAGCUCUUAAUGCUGGCUGUAUGUUUUGAAGUUCUGAUGAAUUAUUCUGAAGAUAGUAAUAUAAAGAAAUGUUUUUUUUUCCUUCCAUUUCCUGUGGAUGAAGUUAGACUGUUAAGUAAAAAUUUACUUUAGCCAAGUAUUCAAAUUCUCUCUCUUCAUGUUUUAGUAGAACUGACAAUAAUGUAAUUCUAUUUUAAUGUGUUGACCUGGAUGUAGCUUGAAACAAUGCAAAUGGAUUAAAAUAAAAUCGUGCAGUUCUAGCCUGAAUCCUAAUUUUAUUUUAGGACAACCUAGAAUUGGACUCACAAUAAAGGUCUUUGGUAAA